GGACUUCCGGGGCGGGCCAGCGGCCGUGGCUUCCGGCGGCAGGCGCCGCGUCUGCGCUGCUCCGGCCCGAUGGCGGCUCCGCUGCUCCACACGAGCUUGCCGGGUGAUGUGGCGGCUGCGGCCUCUGCCACGCUGGGCACGCCGCGGACUGGGCUUUCGGAUAUGCUUGCAUUAGACAGUGAUUUCUUCAAAUCUCCCCCAAGAAAAACUGUUCGGUUUGGUGGAACUGUGACAGAAGUCUUACUGAAAUACAAAAAGGGUGAAACAAAUGACUUAGAGUUGUUGAAGAACCAGCUCUCAGACCCUGAUAUAAAGGAUGACCAGAUCAUUAACUGGCUGCUGGAAUUUCGCUCCUCUGUUAUGUACUUGACAAAGGACUUUGAGCAACUUAUAAACAUCAUAUUGAGAUUGCCUUGGUUGAAGAGAAGUCAGACAGUGGUGGAGGAGUAUUUGGCUUUUCUUGGUAAUCUUGUGUCAGCACAAACUGUCUUCCUUAGACCAUGUCUCAGCAUGAUUGCUUCUCAUUUUGUACCUCCCCGAGUGAUCAUUAAGGACGGUGGCGUAGAUGUUUCAGACUCUGACGAUGAGGAUGAUAAUCUUCCUGCAAAUUUUGACACAUGUCAUAGAGCCUUGCAAAUAAUAACAAGAUAUGUCCCAUCGACGCCGUGGUUUCUAAUGCCAAUACUGGUAGACAAAUUUCCAUUUGUGAGAAAAUCAGAGAGAACGUUGGAAUGUUAUGUUCAUAAUUUACUAAGGAUAAGUGUGUAUUUUCCAACUUUGAGGCGUGAAAUCCUGGAACUUGUUAUUGAAAAAUUACUCAAGUUAGACGUGAGUGUAUCCCGGCAGGAUAUUGAAGAUGCUGAAGAGGCUGCAGCUCAGUCCUGUGCUGGGACAGACACCACAGAAGGACUGUUCAGUAUGGAUGAAGAUGAGGACACUGAACCUGGAAAGAAAGCUGACCUAGAUCGGCCUAGCCAGAUGGCUCAUCCUAUUGCCGAGCGCCUGGACAUCCUGCUGUCCUUGCUUCUGUCCUACAUUGAGGAUGUCUGCCAUGUGGAUGGUAAGAUUGAUAACAAUAAAACAAAGGAUUUAUACCGUGAUCUGAUAUCCAUCUUUGACAAACUCCUGUUGCCCACACAUGCCUCCUGCCAUGUACAGUUCUUCAUGUUUUUCCUUUGCAGCUUUAAAUUGCCUCUCUUGUUACAGGGAUUUGCAGAAGCAUUUUUGGAACAUCUCUGGAAAAAGUUGCAGGAUCCAAAUAACCCCGCCAUCAUCAGACAAGCUGCUGCGAAUUACAUUGGGAGCUUUUUGGCAAGAGCUAAAUUCAUUCCUCUUAUCACUGUAAAGUCAUGCCUGGACCUUUUGGUUAACUGGCUGCACAUGUAUCUUAAUAACCAGGAUUCAGGAACAAAGGCUUUUUGUGAUGUUGCACUCCAUGGACCAUUUUAUUCAGCCUGCCAAGCUGUAUUCUACACUUUCGUUUUUAGACACAAGCAGCUUUUGAGUGGAAACUUGAAGGAAGGUUUACGGUAUCUUCAGAGUCUAAACUUUGAGCGUGUCGUGCUGAGCCAGCUGAACCCUCUGAAGAUAUGCCUACCAUCGGUGGUUAAUUUUUUUGCUGCUGUCACGAAUAAGUACCAGCUCGUGUUCUGCUACACCAUCAUGGAGAGGAACAAUCGCCAGAUGCUCCCUGUUAUUAGAAGUACAGCUGGUGGAGAUUCUGUGCAGACCUGUACCAACCCACUGGACACUUUUUUUCCCUUUGACCCCUGUGUGCUUAAGAGGUCAAAGAAGUUUAUUGAUCCUAUUUAUCAGAUUUGGGAAGACAUGAGUGCUGAAGAGCUACAGGAAUUUAAGAAACCCUCUAAAAAGGAGCUAGUGGAGGACGAAGAUGACGACUUUCUGAAAGGUGAAGUGCCCCAGAGCGAUGUGGUGAUCGGCUUUACCCCGAGCUCCUUGGACGCCCACUUCCGAAGUCCUUCCAGCAGUGUGGGCUCCCCACCUGUGCUGUACAUGCCAGGCCAGCCCCACUCACCUCCAGGACCUGUGGUUGAGCUGUGACUGCUCUUCUUAGGGCCCCGAGCCCCACCUCUGGACCCACACUGGACUAGUCUGUGCCUCGUAUGUCCGGCUUCCAUGCUGGUUGGACUUGGGCCAGUAUCUGAAGGGACCCAGGUUGCGUGUGUUUGCAGUUUGCUCCCUGUGGACAGAGGGAAGAACAAGUGUCACGUGCAGUAUUUCACAGUGGGCAUAUCAGUCAGUGCCGAUGCUUAGAGUGUUGGCUUAAUGUGGAGUAUCUGCCUGCAGCCUUCUGAUGGAACUGCUGGAUGCAUGCUAGCGUCACAUCCUAGCAGAUGACCUUUUCACAGGUUUCUUACUAUCAGAACCACAGUCAUAGGACUUUUUUGGUCUUGUUUUGAUGAGAAAUCUUCCAAGAUCCUGCCAAGAAUACCCUUUAAGUAGAUCCUGCCUACAGUGGCAUAAUGGUUCCCUUUUGACUAGAAGUACAUUUGUGAUGUAGGGUACAAAGGGAAAUCCCAGGCAGGGGUGAAAUGCUGAGCGUUUGGGUUGGCUUCAACCCAGGGAACACAAAGGACUGCAGAGGGGCCAAGAAGGCAGGAGGAAAGAAAGGAUUCAGAGAAACAGGAAAAGGCACUGGUGCAGGAGAGUGGAUCUGACAUGAACACAGGUGCAUCCCCUGUACCUCAGGCUGACCAAGCGGCCUGGGUGUGGCCUGGGUGUCUGAAAAGUAGUUUAACAACUUGUACAACAUGGACUCAGCCUGAAGAGCUGCUCCAUAGCAGGCCUGUGUGAGGACUUCAGAGGUGUCCUUCCCUGGGAUCCUUACAUGUGAAAUUUGUAUUUGUGAAAUGGCCCUUUAAGUAUAUUUAAUUUUUUUGCUACUUAUAUUUAUUGAAAGGCAAGCAAUAUUUUCUUGGUCACAAUAUUUUUAAUGGACUUCCUCUCAAUGUUUAUAUGGUCUUGUGUAAUGACACUGAUGCCCUCUGGAUUUCAGUCUACCUGUUAAUACCUUUUUGGAACAAAGAAAUUCUUAUUGCUUUAAAAAGCUUUCACCACAAGGCAGGCAGAUCCCUGAGUUCCAGGCCAGCCUCGGUGGAAAGUCACUAGGAAACCUCAAGGUUCCGCUGUAACUGCUGACGGAAAGAUGCAAAGAAAUGCAUCCAUAGAUGCUGACAUGGUGUGAGGUUUGGGCAGUAGCUAGAAUGAAGAAGGUGUGUUGAUAAAUAAACCUUUGCAAAUGGGCUUGAGAAAAAAGUCCAUUGUGAAAAAUUAAAGGAUGGUGUAGUUCACCUAGCA